AUGACUGCGACUCCCAACCUCACGGGGAAGAAGGUUAACGUCCUGGUUUACACCGGAAAUGGAACCACCCUUGAAUCCGUCCGCCACUGUCUCUACACGCUCCGCCGCCUUCUCGCCCCCCACUAUGCCGUGAUCCCCGUCAGCGCCGACAUGCUCAUCAAAGAGCCCUGGACCUUCACCUGCGCCCUACUAGUGAUUCCCGGAGGGGCCGAUCUAGGAUACUGCCGAGCCCUGAACGGUGCCGGGAAUCAGAGAAUCAAACACUUCGUCCGCAGAGGUGGUGCCUACCUCGGUUUCUGUGCGGGGGGUUACUACGGCAGUAAACGGUGCGAAUUCGAGGUCGGCGACAAGACAUACGAGGUGGUCGGGGAUCGGGAACUGGCCUUUUUCCCGGGUAUCUGUCGGGGAGGUGCAUUCUCUGGUUUUGCCUAUCAUAGUGAGGCCGGCGCGCGGGCACCGGAAUUGAAGGUCUCCAAGGAGGUUUUGAAUGCGGGCGUCGUGCCAGAGCGCUUUCGGUCAUACUACAAUGGUGGUGGUGUAUUUUUUGAUGCAGCCUCAUAUGCAGAUCAGGGGGUCGAAGUGCUUGCCAACUAUACGGAGGAGCUCAACGUUGACCCGGGAUCCAGUGCGGCGGCCGUCGUCUACUGUAAAGUGGGCGAGGGAGCGGCGGUCUUGACGGGACCACAUCCGGAAUUCGCUGCGGUGAACCUCGAUAAGCAGGCCGGGGGCCCUGGGUACGGCAAAUUGGUGGACGCCUUGGCUGCGGAUGACAGGGCGCGGACGGACUUUUUGAAAGCCUGUUUGGCUAAGUUGGGGCUCCAGGUCUCUCAAAACACUACGACUGUGCCGUCUCUUUCCUCAUUGCAUAUGUCUUCCUUAGAUCCAGCCGAUACUUCCUCUAUUCUAUCGUCACUGCAGGAACUCAUUACCACUGAUGGCGAGGGCCAGUUCCUCAAGGAUGAAAACGAUACGUUCCGCAUCGAAAAGCCCGAAGCAUGGAGUAUGGACUCGCUCCAGAAAGCCCUUCCAGAUGAGUCGAAAGACGACUCCGGUAAGGGGGGAGAUGGUAUCGUCGAUUACAAUGCGAUCGUAAAGCACGUGGUGGUCCACGAGGACCUGCCAUCGUCGAAGAUUACCCCUUACUUCAACCACCAUGCAUUUUAUUCCAAUCUGCGGCAAUAUCAAUCCCAAAUGAGGGAGGGCGCGUCGGAGUUUGGCUCGAGCAUUCUCUACGGGGAAGUUGUCACAAGCACCAACACCAUCCUAGAAAAAAACCCUAAGCUCCUUCGCAAACUCCCGCACGGCUUCACCGCGACCGCUACUACCCAGGUCGCCGGCAGAGGCCGAGGCUCCAACGUCUGGGUGUCCCCCGCUGGCUCCCUCAUCCUCUCCACCGUCGUCCGCCAUCCAAUGGAGAAAUUCCAAUCCGCGCCGGUUGUCUUCAUCCAAUACCUGGCCGCCAUGGCGGUGGUGCAAGGUAUCAAGAGCUACGACAAGGGCUUCGAGGAGAUGCCUGUCAAGAUGAAAUGGCCGAAUGACGUUUAUGCUUUGGAUCCGGAAAGCGCAGAGAAGGGGCGUUAUACAAAGAUCACCGGUAUCCUGAUCAAUUCGCAGUAUUCAUCAGGCGAAUAUAUCUCCGUAGUCGGCAUCGGCAUCAACGCGACCAACGCGUCGCCCACCACGUCUCUUAACGCACUCGCCGCUCACUUCCUCAAGAAUAAAACAGCGCCCUUUACUCUCGAAAAGCUCCUGGCGCGUAUCUUGACCACAUUCGAGGAGCUCUACACUCGAUUCCUGCGGACGGGCUUCGAUAAGCAGUUUGAGGAGAUGUAUUACCGUGACUGGCUGCAUAUGCACCAAACUGUCACGUUGGAAGAGGAAGGCGGUGCCCGGGCCCGGAUCAAGGGCAUCACUCGAGACUAUGGACUGUUGCUGGCGGAGGAACUAGGAUGGGACGACCGGCCGACCGGCCGGGUAUGGCAGUUGCAAACUGACAGCAACAGUUUCGACUUUCUCCGCGGAUUGGUGCGGCGUAAGGUGUAG